UGGCUGGGGAAGUUUUACCAAAGCUUGGGGUUGAUGUAGAAUGGAAGUGUUCCCAAAGAGGGCAAAGAUUGAUCAUCAUCACACAACCGACGCCACACCAAACAAGAACAAUACAAAUCCAAGAACAAGAGAACCAGAGUCUCCACUUAAUCAUAAAAGAUAUAGACUUACAGUUUUCUGCGACUCCAAGCUCUCUCUCUUUCCCUCUCUCUUUCUCUCUCAAGUCUAAAGUUGCCCACUUUACCACCACGAGUUCACUGUUUUUAGACCCUUUUAAUGGAUGUUUCAACUGUGCUUAUUUGGAAUAGAAGAGAGUAAAGAGGGGUGGAAAGAAGAGAAUAGUAAGACAGCUUUGGCAAAGGGGCGGCUGAAGGUCACUGUGCUUGAGGAUUAUUUGAUUUUGAUUUGGGGAAGAAGAAGAGGAGGAGAGAGAGACAGACAGACAGAGAGACAGAGAUGGGGAUUCUACACGACGACGUAGUGAUCAUCAGGCAUCCCGAGAAAGAAGAUGACCCAAGUGUGAUUACUGUGAAUUGCCCCGACAAGACUGGCUUGGGCUCCGAUCUCUGCCGCCUCAUCCUCUUCUUUGGUUUGAGCAUUGUCAGAGUUGAUGUGUCCACGGAUGGGAAAUGGUGCUACGUAGUUUUCUGGGUCAUUGGGAAACCGAGCACUAGAUGGGGUUUAUUGAAGAGCAGACUAAUAGGGGUGUGCCCUUCUUGCUCUUCGGCUUCUGGGAUUUCCUUCUUCCAGUCCGAAUUGCAGCCCCCCAAGCCCCCCGAUGUUUUCCUCUUGAAGUUCUGUUGCCGUGACCGGAGGGGCCUUCUCCACGAUGUUACCGGGGUUCUUUGCGAGCUCGAGCUUGCAAUAAGGAGAGUGAAGGUAUCGACCACUCCAGAUGGACAAGUGGUGGACUUAUUCUUCAUCACAGACAUCAGGGAGCUUCUGCAUACGAAGAAGAGACAGGAGGAUGCGUGCGAUAAGUUGAAGGCUGUUUUAGGGGAUGCCGUGUUUAGUUGUGAAAUAGAAAUGGUUGGCCCAGAAAUUACUGCUUGCUCGCAAGGGCCUUCAUUCCUUCCUCCUGCAAUCACAGACGAUAAAUUUAACAUUGAAGAGCGACGAAGUGGAUUUCAGUCCUCCAAAGAUGUAUCUAUCACGGUGGAUAACUCUCUAAGUCCAGCUCACACGCUUGUCCAAAUUGUUUGCAAAGAUCACAAAGGUCUCCUCUAUGAUAUUAUGAGAACUUUAAAGGAUUACAAUAUCCAGAUUUCUUAUGGGAGAUUCACCUCAAAACAGAGAAGAAACUGUGAGGUGGAUUUAUUCAUUAUGCAAGCAGAUGGGAAGAAGAUAGUUGACCCUAGCAAGCAGACUGCUUUAUGCUCUCGUAUUCAGAUGGAACUACUACGUCCACUUAGAGUAGCUGUGGUUAGCCGGGGUCCCGACACUGAACUGCUUGUGGCAAAUCCAGUGGAGUUGUCUGGCAAGGGUCGGCCCCUUGUUUUUUAUGACAUUACCCUUGCUCUCAAAAUGCUCAACACUGGCAUCUUCUUGGCUGAGAUUGGGAGGCACAUGAUUGGAGAUCGGGAAUGGGAGGUGUACAGGGUUUUACUGGAUGAGGGGGAUGGCCUGUCUGUUCCAAAAAACCGAAUUGAGGAAGCAGUUUGGAAGAUGUUAAUGGGUUGGGAGUGAUGGCAAACAACAAUAUCGUUCCACUUGAAUUCUUACCAAGUUUAUUUGUAUCUCUGUACAGUAUAGUUUGACCAGUUUAAAUAUCUAUCACAAGCAAGUAUAGGGCAUAGUAUUCUAAAAAGGAUGAGCUGUAUAUGAUAUCCUGGUUUACUACUAGUCAGUAGAUGAGGAGGGCGACAAGCCCUCCUGCCAUUGUACAUGCAGAAUAUAUAUAUUGUGAAAAGGAGUUGUAUCGUUUCGAUGAAAUUUCCUGCAAAUUUUUGCAGUUUCUGUUGCA